UCAAGGUCAUUGAUUAGUAUCAGCCAUAUUUAAAUCUACCAAUCAAAAAACAACACGCAUUUUAUUGAUCACUGAUCCUAUUUUACUACAAUUUACAAAGUAUUUAAUUUGUUUAUAUAAAAAAAGUAUAUUUACAAUCACUAAACACACAAAUUAUUUAAUUAUUAAAUGGAAACACAAAGUUGGCAAAUGUAAUUAAAAUCCUGGAGGCGGGCAGCCCUACAUGUUUACAUACCGCGCGGCUGUAUGUAUUUAUUUAAAAAAUACGGCCGAGUUACAAUACUGCUUGUAUAUAUUUUUACUGUGGUUUCGCCGUGCCGUAGUUCGUGGCAUCGUCCCACUGCGUCACCGCGCCGCGCCGCUCGAUACGCACGGCGCGCGCGGACCGCACGCCCCGCGCGCCCCGCACGGCACUCCGCGCCAUCCCUCGGCACCCUCACACACCCUCCGCCAAUACUAACAAUAAAACACGUAUUUACGUACGCGACCUCAUCUAAUUAUCCUCAUUCAUGUGGUUUAAGUAACAAAACAUCUUUAUUUGAUGUGACAGUGUAAAAAAAAUAAUUAAGUUAAAAAAGUUAAUUCAUAUUAUUUUAUUAGAUUAAUAAAUCAAAUGUGCCUUAGAUACAAUUAUAGGUACAUUGUUAAGUUUUCCAUUGAUCUUCCAAAUAACUGAAAUAGGAUAAAUAACUAAAUUUAAUAAAAAAACAUGCCUUAACCUAAUUACCUGCAAUAGCGAAUUAAGUGUAAAUUAGUUUAAUCCAGUUUUAUCCGUAUUCGGUUUGAGCCGAGUUCAAAAGUUCCGAGUUUAGUUCAAAAAAUUCAGUUCAUAAGUUCGUUCACGAGUCGCCUAUAGAAUGAACGAGAUCGAUUUGAUAAGGGAAGUGGAGAGACGACCGAUUCUGUACGACAAAACGGUCAGUGGGUUUAACAAAACGAAACUACGAGAUAACGCGUGGAAAGAUGUUCAAGAAACUCUCAAUGUGUCUGAGGCGGAAUGCAAGAAGCGUUGGCGGUCGCUGCGAGAUUCCUUCAUCAAGUUGCAGAGAACGCACGGCGGACGCACGCGGUGGCCCUAUCUAUCUGCCAUGAAGUUCCUGUUGCCACACGUCGAAACUACUAAGGGCGAUACUCCGGCUAGAGAAUCAAACGUCAAACGAGAAACUUCAGACUCUGAGACCGAGGAGUUGCCGCGACGUUCAGCCGCCGACUUCUCACUCCCAGACCUCACCUUCCCAGACUUCCACUCAGAGGACGAAGAAGACUCCCAGUCUCAACCGGCCAAGAAAAUGCGUCUAGACGUUCUAGAAGAGCUAGACCCAUGCCACUGUAAUAGGACGGACCCUGAUGAAUUGUUUCUUCUAAGUUGCGCGCCGACACUUAAGCGGUUAAAUGCCAAACAACAUGCUGUAGCUAAACUAAAGAUCCAGCAGGUUUUAUAUGAAGCUGAGUUUGGGAACCAGUUAGAACAACCUCAUGCGAGUCCAAAUGCGGAAUGCAGUUAUGAAAACGGUGACAGUUCACUCACUUAAUCAUGUAUCUUUAAUAACUUAUAUGUUGUGUUUUGACGUAUACAAUGGUCGUGCUUAUUUCUGCUGGCAAUCAGCAUUGAAAUACAGUUUGAUGUUGAGGGUUGGUAAUGAUGUUGGUACUCGUUGAUUUAAUUAAUAUCUAAUAAUUAGGUAAGGAGGUAUAUUUAAGUGAUGAAUCUUCGAAUUAAAGAUUUUUGUAAGAGUUUAAGUAAAAAAAUAACAUAACAUAUGUGACGACUUGAAUAUUAUGACUCCUUUCUUCACAAAAUGUGACGUAUUUCUGACGCUUUUCAGACCUACCUAUCCUAGAAGUCUCCCUAAUUUCGCCAGUAUCGAAACAGCACGGGUUUGAGCCGCAUCUAGCGGCGCCCUGUAGGCUAUAACCCGCUUGAUAUCCCUUUCCCACCAACACUGCAUUUUCCGGUGCGGGGUUCGCCAUUUCAGCAUCUUGGGACCCUAACGGCCAUCGGCUCUUCGAACUAUUUGCCCCACCCACUUUAGCUUUGCGACACGGUAAAAGCUGAACUAACGGUAACUUUAGUUCUUCUGUUGAUCUCCUUUCUGUUACAUAAAUUAUGUCGUAAGUUGUUAAAUUAUUAUUAUUUUAUUGAUCUUAAAAAAUACUCAAAAAUAAAUAAUAUUAUAAGCUGAAUUGUUUUAUUUAAUUUUUGUAGUUUUGGCUGAAACGCUUAUACCAUUUAGACGCCAUUAGUCUCCACAUUACUACGUACCUAAUAAAUCUACAGAUAACACAAGUGUCCAGUUAAGCAAUAGAACAAAACUGGUCUAGGGAAAUUCUACUGGCAUGCUUUUCUUUGCUACC